GUAGUCGCCUUCCUGGGGUUGCGCAAAGCCUAGGAACAGGGAGGGCAUUAGGACCGGGAACGAGGCGAGCGCACGCUCGCCCGCUUCUGGCAGAGCCUCGCAGCCGGCUGUAUGAGGAGCUCUGUGUGAAAGGAAAUCAGGCGCUACUUGCCGGCUCCGCAUCUGUUGAACCGACCUGACUUGAAGGGUCCAAAGGAGGACAGCUGUCAGCUCUGCGGGACUGAGGACCCAUCAGCUCCCCUCAUACAUCUUAUAGCCACCUGACCACGCAUACAAGGGGGAAAACGAAACACGUGGGACUAGACCCCUGAGCAAAAUGAAAUCAUUAUUUUUCCCCAAAAAAGGAAAGGGGCAUCAAAGGGGGGCAAACAGUUCAUUUUGAAGUCCCUGUGAAUGGUCUUUCGGAAGGCAAUUGACAUUUGCUCAGAGAGCAUUUGUGGUGGGAUUGAGUCCGCGGCUUUCUCGGCUUUCUGGGUGUAAGUGGAAGCCGGUCUUACGCUGCCGGCAGAUGUCAGUCGGGACGGGAGAAGGAGCAGAUUAAGUGACUGGCAAAAACAAACAAACUUCCAGGUAGACCCAGGAAGCCAGGUUCUGCUGUCAGCUUGAAGGAACCUGGAGCAGGAGGCGAAAGUGAACUUGAACAUGACUUGUUGCAUUUGGCAAGUUCCAGCAACAUGUUCGUAAGGAAGCGAGGCAGGCACGGACCCUGCAGACUGCAGUUCCUGCUGCUCCUCCUGAUGCUGGGAUGCACGCUGCUGAUGCUGGAGGUGCUGCACCCUCCCCCGCACGCCCGGCCCCCGGUUGUGACGGCCCAGGUCGCCGAACGCAGCCCCGAAGCCGGGUACCGCCUGAACUUUGGGGAAUCUCAGGAGUGGGUGCUGGAGUCCGAGGAUGAGGGCCAAGAGUACGGCCCCCUGGAGGGCCUGCCACCCUUUAUCUCCCUGAGGGAGGAUCAGCUCUUGGUGGCCGUGGCCUCGCACAGGGCCAGAAGGAACCAGAGCCAGGGCAGGAGAGGUGGCAGCUACAGGCUCAUCAAGCAUCCGAGCAGGAGGCAGGACGAGGAGGUCCCGGAGAGGGACUGGGGGGCUGAGGAGGAGGAUGGGGAGGCAUCUGAAGAGGAGCUGACCCUACGAGGCCUGGAGGAGGCGCUCAGUGCCCGCAUCCCCCUGCAGAGGGCGCUGCCUGAGGUACGGCAUCCGCUGUGUCUGCAGCAGCAUCCUGAGGACAGCCUGCCCACAGCCAGCAUCAUCCUCUGUUUCCAUGACGAGGCCUGGUCCACCCUCCUGAGAACCGUGCACAGUAUCCUGGACACAGCAUCCAGGGCCUUCUUGAAGGAGAUCAUCCUGGUGGAUGACCUCAGCCAGCAAGGACAACUCAAGUCAGCACUCGGCGAAUAUGUGGCCCGGCUGGAGAGGGUGAAAUUGCUCAGGAGCAACAGGAGGCUGGGCACCGCCCGGGCCCGGAUGCUGGGGGCUGCCAGGGCCACCGGGGAUGUGCUGGUCUUCAUGGACGCCCACUGCGAGUGCCACCCGGGCUGGCUAGAGCCCCUUUUGGGCAGAAUAGCUGGCGACAGGAGCAGAGUGGUGUCUCCAGUCCUAGACGUGAUUGACUGGAAGACUUUCCAGUAUUACCCCUCCAAGGACCUGCAGCGUGGGGUAUUGGACUGGAAGCUGGAUUUCCACUGGGAGCCUUUGCCAGAGCACGAGAGGAAGGCCCUCCCAUCCCCCAUCAGCCCCAUCAGGACCCCUGUGGUACCCGGCGGGGUUGUGGCCAUGGACAGACAUUACUUCCAAAACACUGGAGCCUAUGAUCCUCUCAUGUCACUGCAGGGUGGUGAAAACCUCGAACUGUCUCUCAAGGCCUGGCUCUGUGGAGGCUCCGUUGAAAUCCUUCCCUGCUCCCGGGUGGGACACAUCUACGGACCUCAGGAUGCCCACUCACCCCUUGAGCAGGAGGCCGCUCUACAGAGCAAGGUUCGCAUUGCUGAGACCUGGCUGGGCGCCUUCAAGGAAACCUUCUACAGACACAACCCAGAGGCUUUGUCCUUGAGCAAGGCUAGGAAGCCGGACUGCACAGAACGCCAACAGCUGCAGAGGAGGCUGGGCUGUCGGACCUUCCACUGGUUUCUGGCCAACAUCUAUCCUGAACUGUAUCCAUCUGAACGCAGGCCCAGGUUCUCUGGAAAGCUCCACAACACUGGACUUGGCUUCUGUGCGGACUGCCUGGCGGAAGGUGACGUCCUGGGCUGUGCCAUGAUGCUGGCUCCUUGCAGUGACAGCCAGCAGCAGCAGCACCUGGAGCACCCAGGCAGGAAGGAGAUCCGCUAUGGCAGUCCGCAGCACCUGUGCUUUGAUGUCAGGCAGGAGCAGGUGAUUCUUCAGAACUGCACGAAGGAAGGCCCUGCCAUCCACCAGCAACAAUGGGACUACCAGGAGAAUGGAAUGAUUGUUCACAUUCUUUCUGGGAGAUGCAUGGAAGCUGUGGGUCAGGAGAACAAUAAAGACCUGUACUUGCGCGAGUGUGAUGAAAGGCCAGCCAGCUAUGGCACUUUGACAAUGUCAGCACUGUGGAUGAACGAUGAGUGCCAUGUCAGAAGGGAGAGAGAAGUGGGGCCGCUGCAGUUCCACCCCAGCGAACCACAGCAGCCUGUGCCUUUCAUGGAGCAGACCAUGGUGUCUGUGCAGUGGUGAGAACAGAGACCAAAGCUCCUCAAAUGAAUAUAGAAAGUCUUUCCUUCUGGCCCCUUAUUUCAUGGACCCCUGGCUGUUGAGGAAAAAAAACAAAACAAAACCAUGGACCCGUUGUCUCAUUGUCUUCAUCACUAGGAGAUGACCAAUGCAUAGUACAGAAGAUUCUUGUAUUGCUUUUUGUUUUUCCAUUGAGCACUGAAAAUUGCUUUUUUCUCUGAUGAAGGAAAGAGGCCUGUUGACACCUUCAGGAUACACAAUUCCAAUCCCUCAAUUUAUUUCAAAUGGUCUUACCUUGAAUUGUCUGGGUAGCUGACCAUGAAAAUUAAAGUGUGAAGAGAGUGCAAAGCCCUGACAUCCAAAAACCUUUGGAUCAGGCUUAUGAGUCAGAUUACAUGUACAUUGGUUGAGCCAUAGCUCAGAGGAGAGAAGGGAAACAAGCUGCCAAGAGAAAAGUAGGGUGGGAGGGAGAAUUGGCCCACUUCUUUAGCUCAGCCUAGCAGCUGAAAAGAGUCAGCAGACCUGGAAUAAAAGGUUUUCCUAUU